AUGACUGGCCUCGGAGGACACAAGAUGUAUUGUGCGAUAAGGUUUGGAUUUGAAGCAUUGAAUAACGAGGCAGGGUAUGAAGCGCUUCUAGCUGGAUUGCGGUUGGCCAAGGGGCUAAAGGUAACACAUUUACACAUUUUUAGCGACUCACAAUUGGUGGUAUUCCAAGUGAAGGGAGAAUAUCAGGCGAGGGGUCCUAAGAUGGCCGCAUACCUAACAAGGGUAAAAGGCUAUCUAGAGCAAUUGGAGGGGUAUAACAUAGAAAAAAUCCCAAGAGAGAGGAACACCCACACCGAUGCCCUCGCAAAGCUAGCCUCCACAAAGGAUAAAGAUAUACUCGAGUCUGUACCUGUGGAGUACUUAUCAUGGCCAAGCAUCACUGAAGCAAAGGUUCACAUGAUCAACACCCCAAAGGAAUUCUGGGUCGAGCCAAUUAUGAAAUACCUGAAGGAUGGAACUCUACCAACACACAAGAGAGAAGAUCGGAGGCUGGCAUAUAAAGCCGCUCGAUACACAUUAGUAGACGGAGUUUUGUACAAGAGAGGAUUUUCUAUGCUGCUCUUGUGGUGUGUUGAUGAAGAGGAAGCAAUGAAAGUUCUGUAUUAUAUACACGAGGGCGAAUGUAAAAACCAUGUGAGUAUGCCUUCUACGAUCAGGAAAGCCAUGAGACAAGGGUACUAUUGGCCCUCUAUGGAGAAGGAUGCUAGUGACUUUGCAAGAAAGUGUGAGAAAUGCAAAGGAGGAGCCAAGUACGCAGUUGUGGUGGUAGAUUACUUCACCAAGUGGGUUGAAGCAGAACCUCUAAUAAAAAUAACGGCCAAGCAGAUCACCACCUUUGUCAACAAGUCCAUUGUCUGCAGAUCUGGAGUGCCUUACAAGAUCAUUUAUGACAACGAUACACAGUUUGAGGGGGAAAUGUUCGAGGAUAACAUUAAGGAGAGAGGAAUAAGGAGAAACUUCUCAGAUGUUGUACAUCUGCAGGCCAAUGGGCAAGUGGAGGCCAUUAACAAAGUCCUCAAGAAGAACCUAAAGAUGAAGCUAGAAAAACUAAAGGGAGCCUGGGUCAAUGAGCUACCCAAUGAGCUUUGGGCCUAUAGGACCAUGCCACGCUCAACUACGAGGGAGACCUUUUUUUCCUUAACAUAUGGAUGUGAGGCUAUCCUCCUGGUUGAGAUGAAGGUUAACUCUUUCAGGAUACAGGCAUACAAGGAACAAGUCAACUGUGCGGCAAUGGAUGAAGACUUAGAUAUGUUAGAAUAA